AACAAUUACAACAGUGACCCCUCCACGAAGCUUCAGUUCACGUGUGGUCGCGUCGAUAUCAAGGGAGACACCAUCGACGUCACUGCGUUUGCUUGCCGCGUUGACUUUUCUUCUUGUGUCUUCCCAAGUCGCCAGUCGCUCAUUUUACACUUUACAAAUACCUCACUUUAAAUUGUGUGAAAUAUCUCGCGGCAUCUCACCAAGUUCGCUGUUGUUUCCUCUUUCCAAUCGCUCACUCGGAGUAUCACUCCAUCUACAAGGUUACACCUCUCAACAGUCAACAUGCCUCCCAAAAGAAGACAGGUCGAGGACACCAGCGAUGCUGAGCCUCAGUACACCAAGAAGUCCAAGGGCAAUACCGGAAAGGCUCAGCCUCAGGAGCUUACCAAGGGAUCCGACCAAGACGGCAACACCUUCUGGGAGCUUGGAAACAACCGCCGAAUUAGUUCUUCGGUGUUCAAGAAUACCACUCUGGUCAAUAUUCGCGAAUAUUACGAUGCUAACGGCAAGCUGAUGCCAGGCAAGAAGGGUAUCUCCCUCUCACUGGCCCAGUACCAAAACCUCCUCAAGAUCAUCCCGCAGCUCAACACCGACCUUCGUAAGCAAGGCCACUCCAUUGAGGACCCAGAGUUUGCCGAGGUGGCCGAGCAGACCGACGCCCCCGUCGAGUCUCCCAAGGUCAAGGCGCUGGAGUCCAAAAAGGAGAACAACAAGAAGGAGAAGAAGCCCCGCAAGUCAAACAUUGACGUUACCAGCGACGAAGAGGAAGCUGCCGAGGAUGAGGACGACGACGAGUAGAGCAAAUCGGUCCGCCAAGCGAAACAUCUUUGGGCGUCGCAGAAAUGGUAAUAUCGACGGGACGAGAGAAACAUCCGUUACCGACCGAUCCCUCCUUUUCUUUGCAGGCGCAUUGCGGAUACCCCCCUUCUCUAUGUUUUUGCUAGGUGGCAUAUUUGGCUCGUCGAGUGCGUAUGAUCUUUUCUCUGUUCCGGGUUACAGGGUUUCACUGGCAUUUUAGCUUGUUUGGAGGAGAUAUAGGG